UGGAGGAGGCUUAGGAAGGGUCUGGUCCAUGCUCUGCCCAGGCUUGCUGUACGGCCCUGGUUGAGCACUUCCCAUCCCUGCCUCCCUAUCUCCAUCUGUGUACGGAGGAGGCUGGUCUGGGUGGUCCCUCCUGAUAGGAAUGGGCAAGAGCUAGGUCUUCUCAGACUCCAGAACCCCCUAGCUAGGGGUCCCUUUGCUGGAGACUUUUUCCACCAGAGGUGGGGGUGGGUAAAUCUUUAACUAGCUCGCCCUGGAGCCUUUCCGGAUGGAUGGCUGCCUGAGAAGGGGGAAAGGAGGUGGGGGAUGUAAGGUGUGUACAGCCAGUCCCAGCGUGGUGGAAAAGGGAGGGUAGUGGAGAGAGAAAAGAACGAGACUCGGGCGGAGCUAACUCCGUGUGCAAAGCAGGACAUGGAGGAACGCGGGUCUCCCGACGGGGACCCCGCGCGGAGCCUGGAGCAGGGACCAGAGGGGCCAGAAACGCCCAUCCAGGUGGUGCUCAGGGUGCGUCCCAUGAGCGCCGCGGAGUUGCGUCGAGGGGAACAGAGCGCGCUGCACUGCUCGGGGACCCGGACUCUGCAAGUGAGGAACCCUCUCCCCCCCUCCAACCCCAACUCCCCGCCCAAACCUACCUGGAGGCCCCUCCGUCCCUUUCCCGGGGGNCCACCCCGGCCCCCUACCGGCCCCCAGCCUGCCCCCUCCCCUCACCCCAGCCUCCCGCCGCCUGCGUCCAGCCGCGCCCUGCCGCCCGCAGCUUCUCCUGCACUGUCUUCACCUUCGGCCAGACGGGCUCCGGGAAGACCUACACCCUGA